AACAUUAACCUUAACCAAACAAGCCCUAAUUUUGUAUCUGUCCCCAAUUCCUUGUUCCCUUCUCAUCCAAUCCUAAAUAAAAUCAACAUCAAAUUUUUGCUAUAUUUUCCCAAAUAAAUUCCCCGAGCAGCAGGAAUUCCAUUCUUCUUGCCAUUUUCUCCCCAAGAAUUUAGUUGUUGCGCCUUUUGUUUGUUUUCGUCAUCGUCCGCAGAUCAGGUUUUGAUUUUGCUUCUGCUCCAGCUGUGGAGGAUCCCCAGUCUCUCUCUGAGCGAAUGGUUUAGUGUAUAUUUCUGUAAGAUACGGUUAUAAAAGUAUGGGCAGCAGUGAAAUGGACAAAGCCCCAAAAGAGAAGGAGUCAAAGACGCCGCCACCUACAUCACAGGAACAGUCUUCAACCACCAACACUGGAACAAUUAAUCCUGAUUGGUCCAGCUUUCAGGCAUACUCUCCUAUGCCUCCACAUGGGUUCUUGGCAUCAAGUCCCCAAGCUCACCCUUAUAUGUGGGGUGUCCAGCAUAUUAUUCCUCCCUAUGGUACUCCACCACAUCCCUAUGUUGCAAUGUAUCCCCAUGGUGGCAUAUAUGCUCAUCCAUCAAUGCCUCCGGGAUCUUAUCCUUUUAGUCCUUUUGCCAUGCCUUCUCCAAACGGGAUUGCUGAGGCUUCAGGAAAUACUCCUGGCAGCAUGGAAGCUGAUGGUAAGCCUCCUGAGGUGAAGGAAAAAUUGCCAAUCAAACGAUCAAAAGGAAGUUUGGGUAGUUUGAAUAUGAUUACAGGGAAAAAUAAUGAACAUGGUAAAACACAAGGGACAUCUGCUAAUGGAAUUCAUUCAAAGAGUGGUGAGAGUGCAAGUGAAGGUACUAGUGAAGGAAGUGAUGCAAAUUCUCAGAAUGACUCUCAAUUGAAAUCAGGGGGCAGGCAGGAUUCUUUUGAAGAUGAACCAUCUCAGAAUGGCAGUUCGGUGCAUACUCAAAAUGGGGGACUUAAUACACCUCAUACUGUGGUUAAUCAAACUAUGUCUGUCAUACCUAUGUCUGCCAGUGGUGCUCCUGGAGCUGUUCCUGGUCCCACAACAAACUUAAAUAUAGGAAUGGAUUAUUGGGGCACACCAACUUCAUCCAACAUCCCUGCACUGCGUGGAAAGGUUCCAUCUACUGCAGUUGCUGGAGGGAUGGUUACUGCUGGAUCGCGGGAUAGUGUUCAGUCACAACUUUGGCUACAGGAUGAAAGAGAGCUUAAAAGACAAAGGCGUAAGCAGUCUAACAGGGAAUCUGCUCGCAGGUCCAGGUUGCGCAAGCAGGCCGAGUGUGAUGAGCUAGCUCAGCGUGCUGAUGUUUUGAAAGAAGAAAAUGCUUCUCUCCGGUCAGAAGUAAGUCGUAUCAGGAGUGAGUAUGAGCAGCUACUCUCUGAGAAUGCAGCUCUCAAGGAGAGACUUGGGGAACUACCUGGGAACGAUGAUGUUAAGUCUGGCAGGAAUGAUCAGCAUGUGGGUAAUGACACUCAACAGAGUGAUGAGACAGAGGCUGUGCAGGGUGCUCAUUAGGAUAUAGUUACCAGUGCAUGCCGCAUUUCAGGAAGAUAUAACCUAACUUAUUAGCAAGAGCCAAUCUUGUUUUGGAUAGCUUGUAGUUUAAAUUGUAUUAAAGCUGACCAUUUAUAGUCUUAAGAUCUGUUAAAUGUUACAUGAUCCCUCAUUCCUAAUUUGGCAUUUUUUUUCCCAUUCAAAAACAACCUGGAUUGUAUGUAGUGUGUGAAUUAUGUGUCAUACCUUAUCUGCAGCUUCAAAAGUUAGUGUUCGCAUUAAGCAAUAUAGUUAAUGAAUU